AUGCUCAGUGAUAGUGAGGAGAAAACUAAUUUACGGUUGCAGAAUGAUAUGAAUUUUAAAUUGGCGUUGGGGUUUGGACGGUGUGGUGCAGUGCGGAGUCGCCAGUCGGCACCGGGAGCCCCCAGGGCAAUAUUGCCGUGCCUGAUCUACGCUAGAGGAAGAAGUAGUCAGUUACCUGAAUUAGUGAGUGUGUUAUCACCAAGUCCAGUGGAUGUGUCAACAUCAGGAUGUGCAUCAGCAGCGACAGAAAUGAGCAGCGCGCAUGCCCACGCGCAUCCGGCCAACAACAGCCGAGCGCAGAUAGUGUACUGUCUGUUGCACAGCCGAGUCGGCAGCGACGGCGGCGUGGCUUGCGUAGCGUGCGACGGCAGCGUGGCGACGUGGUCGCGGCAGAACUGUCCGCGGCUGCACAUCGCGGUCGCGACCGGCUCCUUCGGAGUCGCUGCGUCUCACACCCGGCCACGAGGAGGGCCACUGCGCGCGCACCCACCUCGCCAACCAAUGGCACCGCGGGGGUGGGACCGCGCGUAA